UCUCUCUCUCCAGAGUUCGAUCUUGUCUUCAUCCUCAUCAGAAUAAUCCUCCAUUCUCCUUCCUCCUCCUGCUUCUUCAAUCGCGAAGCGAGAAGAUCGGGCGAUGGCUGCGGAUCGGAGGGUGGGUGUGGCAGUGGACUUUUCGCCAUGCAGCAAAGCGGCGCUCCGCUGGGCCGUGGAGAACAUGGUGAGGGACGGCGACCACCUCAUCCUCGUCAAUGUCCAGAAGGAGGGACACUACGAGGAGGGCGAGAUGCAGCUCUGGGAGACCACCGGAUCACCAUUUAUCCCCCUCACAGAGUUAUCUGAUCCUGGUAUUGUAAAGAAAUAUGGUGUGAAGCCAGAUGCUGAAACUUUGGACAUACUCAACACUGUAGCCCGGCAAAAGGAGGUCGUUGUUCUGUUGAAGAUCUACUGGGGAGAUGCCCACGAAAAGAUAUGUGAAGCUAUUGAUAACAUCCCCCUCAGCUGCUUGAUCAUUGGGAAUAGAGGGCUUGGGAAGCUCAAGAGGGUGCUUCUGGGCAGUGUGAGCAGCCACGUGGUGAACAAUGGAACUUGCCCUGUUACAGUUGUUAAGAACUUUGAUCAUGGAAGUUAAGUUCAUCUGCUUGCUUAAUUCUGCUAGAAAAGACUCAUUUCUCAUCAUCUCUCUGAUGGAGUUUGUGAUCAGUGACCCUCCUUUUCCUUGAAUAAGAAACUCGGCUCGUUAGCCAAUGCUUUAAAUUGCUCGAUGAGCUUGGACUUGUCAUUUAUAUUUUAUGCUUUGAAUUGAUCAUAUAUGAUCAAUGUGCAUUGUGAUUGUGUGUAACAACAAUAUUUGAAGUGUCUGACUUAUGGCCUUGAAAAAUAUGAUCAGUUCAUUUCUUUUGUAGUAA